AUGGCGGCCAACCUGUUUGACCGCAUCAACACCACCACGCAUCGACCUAAGGAGCUCAGGAUGACAUCGGCAUCAACCAUGACACCCAGCCAGGACAUCGCCCAUGCCACAGCCGCUCUAGAGCAUGACACGCAGUCAUGGGACCUGUCAGAGUCACCAUCAACAGCGCUGCUAAUCCAGACCCCCCAGACUCCACCACCCUCACCACAAUGCUCGCAGGACCCCCUCAUAUCAGACCUGUGGGAGGAAACUGUAAUCGACAUCAAACUCGCAACUCUCCACAUGUUGAUGUUGGCGUUUUAUGAGUUUCUACAAGAGACAUGUUACGGAUGUCAAACAGGCCACCCCAGUCAGGUGCAACACAGCUGCUUGCAGGAAUUGUCUGAGUAUUUCUUCGACACCUACUAUGAUGAUGUGAUGAUAAGGCUCCAGACUGACCGAUUCAUCCCAGCCAUCCGGCUGUUUGUAUGCUCAUACACCGUAGAUGGGACUGGAACACAAAUCCGCAGGGUUGCAGAACACAUCAUGUGUGAACUGAGAUCAGAGCGACAUAUAGUAUGCGCCAUUAAUGACAACAUUGCGCACCUGCUAGAAGCAAGUCAUUGCGCCUGCUGUGUUAAACCAGCCAUGCUUCGCAUGAUUGGAAACUACUGGGGUGGGAGACACCUGGUUUAA